UCCAUUUACAGACUUAAACCUCGUUAAUAUACAUCUUUUCUCGGUUCCUCGGUGCGUUCACGGACACACGUUGUGCUGACGCUCGCAGGUUCGAGCGGCGCCUUGUUUAUGCGUUGUGACAAGGGCAGGUAGCUGUCGCAGCCAUCUGACGCGCGUCACUGAGCCCAUCUGCUGAGCUGGACGAGGUGUCUUUCCCCUCUCUCAGACCCCCCCCCCCACGCCUGCGCCGCUCACAGCGCCCCCCAGUGGGCGACACGUGCUGCCCUCGCCGCUGCGGGAGCCCCCGUUCCACAGGAGCGACGAUGGAAAACUACUGCUGAAUUUGUGAAAUAGUUCAUAGUGAACGAUGAGUGAAGAGAGAGGUGAGAAGCUGUGUAUUAAUAAUUCUGUCUUUCCUGGUAAAUAUACAGACAAGUAUUUAUAGAAGACGUGCCCUGACGUCUCUGGGCCAUUUAUACCCAUCAUUCGACCUGCGCUGUUUGGCUUCUCCUGCCUGUCACAUGAUUUAUGUUUCAUUUUGCGGCACCACCGCCAAGUGAGUUCUGUGAUGUUAUCAACUGUUAGAUCGUCUUGAGUUAUUGGGCUUGUGUGACGGUCUGUGUGGUCUUGGCCUCAUUACUGGACCAUGAUAAUAUACUAUAAUGCGUUUUACCACAUACUAUACUAUGACACAUCGUCCCCUUCUUCUCAGCUCAUCUCUACAUCUACAUUAAUGCAGAUGGACUCCAUGCAUUGGAUCAGUCGGUAUAUUUCCACAUGAUCCUGUGGUUCAGUGUUAAAGACCUGUGUUUUCUGAUUGAGCGAUCUGGUUGCCACCACAUCAAAUCUAAAGUAGUUUUAUUGUGAACUUUACUUUAACUUAGUCCUUUUUUGCUCAAUUCUCAGCGCUGAAGUUGACAAACGUAAGCCAUUAAGUAAAGUUGUGGGUUCGAUUCCCACUGAAGGUAGCAUGUCUGCGAACACAAGCAGGUUUUAGCGCUGUGUUUGCAGACAUCAUCUGGAACCAGAGGUGCUGUCACACCUGCAGGGUCACCGUAAAGACCCAACACAAACACCACAGCCCACUUUUAAAUAAUACAGCAUGUGUAGGCUCAUGAACUGACCACCCAGGGAAAACCACAGCAGAAGUGUGUCACGUUGAAAUAUGUGUUAAGUUAUGCAGCCCCAGAACGAGCCACAUAGAGAGGAAGAGGAAGAGGAGGAGGAGGAGGAUGCUAACCCAAAUGCAGUCCUUGGACUGCGAGCGAUGGGCAGCAGAGAGCAUUGGGAGGUCAUCUAUUUUUCAUGAGAUGCAAUAGCAGCAAAGCAAACAUCCUCUUUCCAGGGGAGAAGAAAGCUGUGAGGAUCUUAAGUGCAUUAUUAUUUUCAAGGACACUGCAUUCUAAAUGCAGCGCAUUCAUGCUGCAAAUGUCAAGCAAAUGAUGCAAAACAAUGAUGUUACCCAAGAAUCUAUUUCCCCUGACAUUUACUUAGUCAAAUAUUUAAUAAUUCAGUUUCAUCAAUAAUUCCUGUGAGAUUUAUUAUUGAGUGAGCGUUUCUGACACGUGUGAUGUUACAGUGAAGGGAAAGGGUGUGGCAGCAGCUGAUCACUGGGUGGGAAAGGCCGCUGUCAGAGCAAUCUGAGCAUCUGACUGAUGGGACGGGACGGAGGCGCAUCAAGGUGAAACGCUUCUCCUCUCAAGCCUGUAACGCAACUGUUUAGUUUAGUCACAGGUAGCUUCGUUUAUGUAGCGACAGUGACUGAAGUACGGUUUCUCAGCUCAUAUUGAGUAGUAUUUGCAUAGAUUUGUUAACAAUAGUGCGUCCAGUGUCGUCCUCCAGGCCACGCUCUCCAACCUGAAGCCUCGUCUUUGUCUUCCUGCAGCACAAAACAAAAACAGACACAAUUACAGCCUCAUAUCCACAGUAGUUAUGUGGAUGGCCUGAUGAAAUAUCCUGUACCCAUUAAUCUUUCCCCAGGGGGUGCAGGAGACUGGGAGCACUGGGCCAGCCACUGAUUAAAUGCUCCUAAUAGAGGCCAUUCAUCUCCCCUCCAAUCCUGAGCGUUCCAUCGUGCAACAUAACAAAACUCAACUCGUCGCCGCCUCUCUGCGCAAAUAUUGCCCAGACCGACGCAGCAUCGCUCUCCAUCUGAAAAUGAGAUAACAGCAGCGCUUGUCACAAGGCAGCUCCCAGGAAACACACCCACACUUGGACUGCAAGCCACGCCCCCUGCGUCAAGCCACGCCCACAACAUGAUCUUACCCUCUGUUCUCAUCAUCUGAACCCAAUUCACCUGUGCCUUUUCUCCAUGUCACACAUCCAGCCGCCUCCUGCUCAGUCCACGUUACGUAAACCCACUUUUUCAAUGAAGCCUUAGUUCAAGAAUGUUUAUGUAAUUUUGAGAGACCAUGUUUGAGAAUCUAUUUUAUGUCGUGUUCUUUUUGGAGUGAUCCUGUUUUGAAAGUUUAUGUUUAGAAGAAGCCAUGUUGGAAUAAGAGCAGCCGUGUUGGAGGCCACGUUUAAGAGAAGCCAUGUGAUGUGUAACAGCUCCAUUAAUUCAGGACCUGUUCCGUUGCUGGAUGCAGGCGUUGAUUAUGGAACGACCCCACUUUAGUCGGGUUUGUUUUUUAGACACAAAGCAGAGCUGUUUGAGGGUUUUUUUCCUCGUACAUCUUUACUUUCCAUUGAGAUGGAAGCGCGGCGGCUACGUUGGCAGACAGGCAGAUUUGUGCAGGUGGCAGAAGGUGGGUCCAAAUCCGUGGUUGGGCCCAGGGCUGAUUAAUGAGUGCGGGGGAUUAGACGGAGGGUCAGGACGUGGUUACUGGUGCUGCUUCCUCCUCACGGUCUGAACUGCAGCUUCCAGAGACUCCUCUGCACCAAAGCUCAGGAUGUAAGAAAAGGAGACAAACAAGAGGACGGCGCUGACGCCGACACGAUCCGUGAGUUUCUACAGAACGAUCGUCAUGCAGCAUCCACACACAUUCGACCACGGCUACAAGGCUAAGCUGCUUAUGGGACAAUCUGCAGAGAACUGUUCAACCAGCGCCCCCCCACACCCCCCGGAGACCAACCUGCUUUCUCCUGCUCUGCCUGUGCCCCACCUUUAAUCCCACCUGAUCCGAAAGGAGAAUACGGAGCUCAGACGCGUGAACGAUGGCCGUUCUGAAAGUGAAGUUCACCAAGACCAAGAGGGACAAACUGGCCCAGGUGCUGUGGAUCCUGAACUGGAUCUCCGUGGUGACGGGGAUCCUGCUGUUCAGCUUGGGCCUCUUUCUUAAGGUGGAGAUCAACAAGCGAGGGGAGCUGAUGGCCGAGAGGGACGUCCAGUACGUGCCCAACAUGCUGAUCGCCGUGGGCCUCAUCGCCUGCGCCAUCAACUUCCUGGGCGGGAAGAUCUGCUACGACUGCGUGGACGCCGCCAAGUUCCUGCGUUGGAAGCUGAUCAUGCUGCCCUACCUCAUCUGCACCUUCUUCUUCACCUUCUGUGUGCUGGUGGGCGCCGUCAUGUGCUAUGCCAUGCUCGGGGAGCUACAGGAGGCUCUGGAGCUGGGCCUGACCCGGGCCAUGAGGUUCUACAAGGACACGGACCUGCCAGGAAGGUGCUUCCUCAAGAGAACAGUGGACUUGCUGCAGAUCGAGUUCCAGUGCUGCGGCAACAGCGGCUACAGGGACUGGUUCCAGAUCCAGUGGGUCAGCAACCGGUACCUGGACAUGUCACAGAAGGAGGUUCUGGAUCGAUUCCGAAGCAACGUGGAGGGGAAGUAUCUGAUGGACGGCGUUCCCUUCAGCUGCUGCAACGUGAACUCGCCGCGGCCCUGCAUCCAGCACCAGAUCACCAACAACUCGGCCCACUUCAACUACGAGCACCAGACGGAGGAGCAGAACCUGUGGAUGCAGGGCUGCCGCCAGGCUCUGCUGCACCACUACUCCAGCAUCACGCGCUCCAUCGGCCUCACGGUGCUCGUCACCUGGCUGUUCGAGCUGUCGGUGCUGACGGGCGUUCGCUACCUCCAGACCUCCUUAGAAAACGUGCUGAGGCAGGGAGACCCCAACUCUGAGUCCGAGGGCUGGCUGCUGGAACGCAGCUUCAUCGAAACCGCUCGCACCAACCUGAACAUCAUCAAGAGCCUGGGAAAGAGCAACCAGAUCGACGCGGCCGCCCACGCAGACCCCAACAUCAACGCUCCCUCCACGUCCAAGGCUCACUAUGGGCCGGACGAUGUGCCCCCGAGGCCAGGACCUGCAGCCAGCUGCCAGUGAAUGGGCCUUCGAAACGAGUGAGUUGAUUUAAGAACAGAAAAAACUGAUUCAAGGUUGGGAGAAUCUACUGAUCAUCUUGUUUAUUGUAAUCUAUAGUAAAACCAAUGUCAGUACUGCUCAUUUUCUAACUAUUUUCUACAUAUUUGUACACUUAUUAAUGAUUAGAGGUGAAAUGAUGGGAACUGCUGGUUAAAACAGCUUAAUCCUGCUUUGAUUUCAAAUAAAUCACUUACCCAGACAUAAGUCGUGUAGUAGAAAAGACUUUGAGGUUCACAUCACUCACUCCUGUAUUGAAUCUUUUGGUUUCUGCAUGGAUAAUAUCUACAUUCUAGUUACUGCAUACUGACAUUGUGAACUGGAAAGGUCCAUCUGUAGACUGGCUGCAAAGUCAACUGUCUGGAAGCAAAGUAGAAAAAAAACGUACAUUUCUAAAAUAAGAGUAAACUGGAAAGAUGUUAAAUUACCUUAGUUUCCCUUUUAGGUCUAAUUCUUAAACAUCAACCUGUAAUAACUUUUUUAAAAAUAUUAAUUUUGGGAAUAAACAGACUUUUCUCAACAAUGGCCCCUUUAAUAUUUGUGUACAAGCAUACAGUAAUAUCUGACAUUAUAAUCAAUUUGGCCAUAUCCCCACGUCAUUACUCACUGGGUUUAUUAUUUGUGAGAACUUAAAUUACAAUAAGGCUGAAAAUGUUAACUAUUAAAUGUUGAGAAGUUGGAAGCAGGUUACUGUGUAUUGCCUUUAGCAUACUUCAUCUUAUUUAAUAUAACUUAGAAUGUACAGUCUAUACAUUUUAACCAUCCUCAGGGUUCAUGGAUAUCUAAAGGUUUAAUCUUUCGAACAUUUAUGUGAGCAAAAUGAAAUGUGGUUUGUGUUUUUCAAAUUUUCAAAUAAAUGCAACUUUCUUUUUUUAGAACAGCAAAACUUAGCAAUAUAAGUUAGACAAUCAUUUCUGAAACAAACAAAAGCUCUAGAAAACUCACAACAUUACUAAGAAAAGACAAAUACAUGAUCAAAGAAAUGUGUUAGUGUCUAUAUUAUGAUGGUCUUUAUUGGAAUGAGCCUCUUUGCAACCAUUACUGUAAGUGAAACUCAAAUUAAAUCAAGGCGACUUGGGUUUGCUCAUUAUCCACCUCCCUGUGGGUUCCACCAACAGGCCGGGGCUCAGGCCUCCUUCGAUUAUUGUUGUUUGUGUAUGUCUGUGCAUAAGAGCACUGGAGCAGACUGUCCUCUAUGGCUAUUUCUCCAGCCGCCACAGCUGGAUCAGUCCUCACAACAUCUGCCACUCGAAGGCGAACAUGACGUUGACCACCUCCAGGCUGCGGGCGAUCUCCUCCAGGAUACAGUGCUGCUGCCACAGCUGGUUCAGCUUCCUGUAGCGCUCGGGGCAAAGGUGCAAUGGAUUGCCUCUUCUAGAAAUGGAGAUAAUGAAGACCUGUUGUAGGCUUUUAACCUCUUACAUAUACAUGGAAUACAUGGAAGGAACACAAGAAUUUAAACUAAAUAAAGUUCCACAUUUUAAAAUAUAA